AAAGUGGCAUCGCUGUGUCUUCGAUGCAGGGACCCCGGAUGUAUAUGGCGUCUGACGAUUGGAAAAACUUAAACUUAAACUUCCAGAUUCGUUUCGUUGAAAGAAAGGGCUGAUUCAGCUCUAAAUCUAAUCUCUUAUAGAUCAUUGCAUUGAUGGUAAUGCAUGCUAGGAAACUACCAAGACUGGAUGAUGGGUAUUUCGAUAAACAUCAAUCCCACCCUUACCAGGCCAGUACCAAAUACGGUAAUUCCAAAGGAAACUAUGAUCGAUACAAUGAUCGGACACGGGACUCUCCCAAUGGCACAGGACUACGUUCAGAUAGUCCAAACUCUUUUGGUGAUAGCCCUAGAGACAGAAGCUAUGUGCACAAAGGAUCUUAUACGCAACGGAUACGGGAUAAAGAAAGAGACAGAGACAACCGUUCCCCUCGUGAAAGAGAGCGACCACGAGAUUCAGAUAGACGCAAUAAUCAUGAUCGGGGAUCUGCCGAGGAAAAACCACAACGAGUCGGUGAUUGGACAGAACACGUCAGUUCGUCCGGCAAGAAAUAUUAUUACAAUUGCAAAUCAGAAGUCUCUCAGUGGGAGAAGCCUCGUGACUGGGUUGAUUGGGAAAAGGAAAAAGAACACGAGCGGGACAGGGAGCGUUACCGACGUGAUAGAGAUCGUGAUCGUGAAAGAAAAUAUGAUCGACAGUCUUACUCGUCAUCUCGGAACAGUAGUAGUGGCCCGUCUGAAAGACAUUCCAAUUUUAGUCGUUCUGGUACUAUGUCGAAUAGUAACAAUAACAGUGGCAGUAGUAAUAAUAUAGCGGCAUCUCGUUCGGGAGAGAACCGAGAUAAUCAUAGAACCCAUCAGCCUCAGCCAUCGGUGCCGGAACAGCCGCAGUCCAGAAGACACAGCUAUGAACGACCUAGCCAAGAUAUGGACAUUUCCCCGGCGGAUAGCACGCCGACUUCCGAGGCUUCCGGACCAAAAGUUGCAACCCCUUACACGCCUGAUCCACGGUUAACUCCGACUGCUGGUUCUGCUGCGCCCGUUUCAUUAGCUACCGCACUGCCACGUCUACUCUCCCAUCCACCGACCAGCACUCCCAUACAACUCACAAGACCGUGCUCUCAAACUCCAAAUGCCUCAACCAGUCGGGCACCUAGUUUGAUGUCACCGUUACGGACUGGAUCUUCUUCAAUGCCGACGACUGCGGCGGCUGCUACAUCGACCAGCCUCUCAUCUCUCCAGCAGCUUCUCACCCAGUUAACUCGAUCCUCCGUCUCAGGAACCGCCAUCAGUCCUGCGAUACAGUCCAUGCUCGCAUCGACUCUCGGACAAAUGGGGAAUAUCACUGCUCUAGGUUCGUUACAAAAUUUGGAACACAUGGAGCUUCCGGCACACGAAGUCUUGCAGUCGUUGCAGACAUUGCUCUCGUCUUCACAAAUCGCUGUUCCCGCCUCGAAUGUCGCAACUUUACCAAAGAACAUGAAUUCCCUUGGAGUAUCGUCUUCACACCUGCAGGAUGGCUGCCACGCUCUGUCGACGCCGAUGCCAUUAGAAGGCGAUCCUGCUAACGGCCCUCCCACGCCUACUCAUUCGGAAAGACUCGAAGCAGACUUCCGUCGAGGGAGUCCGGCAACGAGUUUGAGUUCUCUGUCAGCGGCAGCGGCUAGUUUACGGCCGUCCGCUGCAUCCAGUCAUGCGUUGACACCUUCACUAGCAUCCCAUUAUCGACCAGAUUUGAUUUCUCACGUGACUGGAUGGCCGGCGGAGCUAUUAGAGAAACAGGCGACAAAAGUAAGCGAAGAUCUGCAUACGAUUGGCAAUCUUCAUGUAACUAAAGUGUCGGCUGAGCUGAAAAUGGCGAGGUCGUUAGUGCGAGUGGCUGAUAUUCAAGCCACCUUACAGGAGCAACGGUACGCUUCGAAUAGAUGUCUACAACAGAUGAAAGAGCUGGAAGAACUAAAGCCGCCCAAUCAUUUUAUGUCAGAUUGAUUUUUUCUUUUCUCGACGGGAGGAAAAAGUAUCUUGCUCGUCUUUUUUCGUCUUUAAAUCCACCAGAAACACCUUUUUUUUUUUUUUUUUUAUACAUAUAUAUACUCUCGCGAAACCGUUCUGUAUUUCCUCGGUGAAAUCUUUUUCCUUCUAUGGUUUUUUGUUCUCCCCUCUCCAUCGGAGCGAAGCAACACGUCAAAAGACGGCCGUUGCAGGUACGUUGAAUGCAUUGCGACUCAGAAGGAUGUUGGUAUCUCUCAUCAGUAAGAUAACAAAAAAGACGAGCCUGUCAGUGACAGAAGCUGUAUUUAUUCUCGUGUAAAACUGUAGUUUCCAUUGGUCGGGUCUGAAAACAAACAACAACAAAAAAAAAAAAUAAUUAAUUGCCAAUUUUUCCAUUCGCUCCGAAUUAGUUUUGUUUUCUUGGCCUACUCCCUCGUUUGUAUUGUUUCUCACCCGAUUUCUUUAUUUUUUUUUGUCUGUGACGCAGUUUAUAAUUUUCCUCCCUUUUCUGUAUAAAAUAUUUCGCCCUUCCUGGAGAAAAAAAAAACAUAUUUCGUCCGCUUAUUUCGACGUUGAAGUGUGAUGUGCGUGUCGCCCUUAUUGGGUGUUUGAAAAAGACGAAAAAAACAAACAAACAAGACGAUCGGCUCUUAAA